UAGGUGUACCCGCUACCUCAGGAGGGAAAGCUGUCACUACCGUUAUGUUGACUGUUGCAGACCUGUCCUCUGCAUCUCCUAGAAUAUUUGGCACGUUGCUACUCUCAUUUCAUCCUCUCAGCCAAAUGCUUUCAUUUGCAUCUUAAAGAGUUCACUGGGCACUUUGCUCGCAACCUCAUAUCUGCGUAGGCUGCCAAACUCUUCCAUACCUCCAAGAUGCACCUGGAUAGGUGAGGGGUCCACUGACACUGGGAGAAAACACCCGGACUUUUAAAAGAGCGUCUCUUUCUCUCCGGGAGUCCGCUCCUUUUUGACAGAUCACCCUCCGAUGCAAUUAACCCAGGAAGACGAAUUUGUCAAGGGGGACUCAACGCAGACCACCGCAGCUCUCCAGUCCGACGGCAGCGCCGGAUCUCCGGCCAAAAUGUGCAGUGAAUGUUACGUGAAUCAGUCAUUUGUGAACGAUGAUGGGACCGUGAACGAUCACAAGCCACGCUCCUCUCCAGCACAACGCCAGACCAACAGCAACAGCAGCGGGGUAAUCUUAGACAUCUCCACCCUUAAGAUGGAGCAGCUGGAGAGCGAGGUGCCUCCGCUGCCGCCCCGCUUCCGCUUCAGAGACCUGCUGCUCGGGGACCAGAGCUUUCAGAACGAUGACAGGGUGCAGGUCGAGUUUUAUGUGAACGAAAACACCUUCAAGGAGCGUCUGAAGCUUUUCUUCAUUAAAAACCAAAGAUCAAGCCUUAGGAUUCGUGUGUUCAACUUCUCCCUGAAGCUGCUCACUUGUCUGCUGUACAUUAUCAGAGUGGUGACAGACAACCCCGGUCAAAGCGCCAGUGCCAGCCAUGGCGCAGGGCAGCAAAACGCUCCUAGUGGCACCAACAAAUGUGUUGACUGCCAGUGGAACGGAUCAGUGCAGGACAGAGAAAUUAACUGGGAACUGAUUUUCUGGGUGGACAGAAAGGUUCCUGUCUGGGCCAUUCAAGUGAUUGUGGCCAUUAUUAGUUUCCUGGAGACAAUGUUGCUGAUGUAUCUCAGCUACAAGGGGAACAUUUGGGAGCAGAUAUUCCAGGUGUCCUUUCUUUUGGAGAUGAUAAACACUGUUCCCUUCAUCAUUACGAUCUUCUGGCCCUCAAUAAGGAAUAUCUUCAUUCCAGUGUUUCUCAACUGUUGGCUGGCCAAAUGUGCUUUGGAGAACAUGAUUAACGAUGUCCACAGGGCGAUCCAGAGGACCAACUCAGCCAUGUUCAACCAGGUCCUCAUACUCAUCUGCACCUUACUCUGCCUGGUCUUUACUGGCACAUGUGGAAUCCAGCACCUGGAGCGAGCAGGCAAAAACCUCUCCCUCUUUAACUCCUUUUACUUCUGCAUCGUCACCUUUUCCACCGUGGGCUUUGGAGAUGUCACUCCCCGUAUAUGGCCCUCCCAGCUGCUGGUAGUCAUCAUGAUCUGUGUGGCUCUUGUGGUGCUGCCUCUGCAGUUUGAGGAGCUGAUCUACUUGUGGAUGGAGAGACAAAAGUCAGGGGGGAAUUACAGCCGCCACAGAGCACAGACAGAGAAACAUGUAGUGCUGUGUGUCAGUGCACUAAAGAUAGACCUGCUGAUGGAUUUUCUCAACGAAUUCUAUGCCCAUCCCAGACUGCAGGACUACUAUGUGGUGAUCUUGUGUCCAAGUGAAAUGGACCUCCAGGUACGGAGAGUGCUGCAGAUCCCUCUGUGGUCACAAAGGGUCAUCUAUCUGCAAGGAUCUGUUCUCAAAGACCAGGACCUGCUGAGAGCAAAAAUGGAUGACGCAGAGGCUUGUUUUAUUCUAAGCAGUCGUAAUGAGGUGGAUCGCAUGGCUGCGGACCAUCAGACCAUCCUGAGAGCCUGGGCAGUAAAGGACUUUGCUCCAAAUUGUCCCCUUUAUGUCCAGAUACUCAAACCUGAAAACAAGUUUCAUGUCAAAUUUGCAGAUCAUGUUGUCUGUGAGGAAGAGUUCAAGUAUGCCAUGUUGGCUCUCAACUGUGUUUGUCCUGCCACCUCCACGUUGGUUACACUCCUUGUUCACACCUCCCGUGGACGAGAAGGACAACAGUCUCCAGAGCAGUGGCAGAGGAUGUACGGAUGUUGCUCGGGCAAUGAGGUCUACCACAUCCGCUUGUGCGACAGCAAGUUCUUUGGAGAGUAUAAUGGCAAAAGCUUCACAUAUGCCUCCUUUCAUGCUCACAAGAAAUAUGGCGUGUGUCUGAUCGGUAUAAAGAGGGAAGACAACAAGAGCAUCUUGCUGAACCCUGGCCCGCGUCACAUCAUGGCUGCCACAGACACCUGCUACUAUAUCAACAUCACCAAGGAGGAGAACUCAGCCUUCAUCUUCAAUCAGGAGGAGAGGAAGGGCCGCCCUCCCUUGGGACUCUAUGAUGGGCCCUCACAACUUCCUGUGCACAGCAUCAUUGCUAGCAUGGGUACCGUUGCCAUGGACCUUCAGAAUACGAGCCCACCCGAUGUCUCAGGGUGUAAACUGGUCCCACCUACAGUGAAUGGAACAGGGAGCCGUCGGCCGAGCAUAGCUCCUGUUCAGGAGCUUGCCGACUCAUCCUCAAUCCUGCCAUGUGACCUCCUCAGUGACCAGUCAGAAGACGACUCUGUCUUCACAGAUGACAAAGGCCACUCAUCUACUGAGUAUGUAAAGGGCUAUCCCCCUAACUCUCCAUACAUUGGGAGCUCGCCCACCUUGUGCCAUCUGUUGGCUGAGAAAGCCCCGUUUUGCUGCCUACGACUAGACCAGGGUUGUCGGCACAAUAGUUUUGAGGAUGCCAAGGCUUAUGGUUUUAAAAACAAGCUCAUCAUUGUGUCUGCUGAGACUGCUGGGAAUGGUCUCUAUAACUUCAUAGUACCUCUCAGAGCUUAUUACAGACCCAGGAAAGAACUCAACCCAAUUGUCUUGCUGCUUGAUAACCCGCCAGAUAAUCACUUUCUGGAGGCCAUCUGCUGUUUCCCUAUGGUCUACUACAUGGCAGGGACCUUAGACAAUCUGGACAGCCUGCUGCAGUGUGGCAUUAUCUACGCUGAUAAUUUGGUUGUUGUCGAUAAAGAGAGUACAAUGAGUGCUGAGGAGGACUACAUGGCUGACGCCAAAACUAUUGUCAAUGUACAGACAAUGUUCAGGUUGUUUCCCAGUCUCACUAUCAUCACAGAGCUUACUCAUCCAUCCAACAUGAGAUUCAUGCAGUUCAGAGCAAAGGACUGCUAUUCACUGGCCCUGUCCAAGCUGGAGAAAAAAGAGCGUGAUAAAGGCUCCAACCUGGCCUUUAUGUUUCGUCUACCCUUCGCUGCAGGUAGAGUGUUCAGCAUCAGCAUGUUGGAUACCCUGCUCUAUCAGUCUUUUGUGAAGGACUACAUGAUCCUUAUUGCAAGGCUGCUGCUGGGACUGGACACCACUCCAGGAUCAGGUUACCUCUGUGCAAUGAAAGUAACAGAGGAGGAUCUUUGGAUUGGCACUUAUGGCAGACUGUUCCAGAAACUCUGCUCCUCUAGUGCCGAAAUUCCUAUUGGGAUCUAUCGGACAGAAGCUCACAUUUUCUCUACUUCUGAGUCUCAGGUGUCAGUCAGUGUUGAAGAAUGUGAGGACACCAAGGACAGGGGGGACGAAUCUCGCAGCAAUGACCAGUCAGAUCACCCCCUACUGAGGAAGAAGAGUAUGCAAUGGGCACGGCGCCUUAGUAAGAAAAGCACAAGGUGGCAAGGGGUGAGCCGAGACCAGAGCAAAGACCAUGCCCAGCGCAUCGCCCAGCAGCGCCUCAACCUCUACAGACGCUCUGAGAGAGAGGAGCUGUCUGAACUGGUCCGCAACCGCAUGAGGCAUCUGGGCCUCCCCACCUCAGGAUAUGAAGACCUAACAAACUUGACAGCUAGUGAUGUCAUGAACAGAGUGAAUCUGGGCUACCUACAAGAUGAACUGAACGAUCACCAAAACACCCUGUCAUAUGUCCUCAUUAAUCCUUUACCUGACACCAGGCUGGAGCUCAACGAUGUUGUGUACUUGAUUCGUUCGGACCCUCUGGCUCAUGUCGCCGAGGAACUUCCUGUCCAUAGCAGCAGUCUGAAAGAGAGACACGAGUCCAGCCUAGACAUCAGAGAGGACACCCAGCUCUGAUAAGGUCACCCCUAAUCACCCCUUUCAAUUUCCUUUGGGGUCUGGUUGUGUCCACACAGGCCAAGUCGGACAGAGGACGAUUUGCGUUACAAUGUUCCAGUGCUACAGUUGGUUACCACUGUAUUAUAUGAGUGCCUACUGUUUGGCAGAUGACAUUUGAUGUUAUCUGUGACAUUUUCAUCCUCUUUCCACAGAUACUGUAAGAAUAGUGCUCUCUCAGAUGAGCAGUCAGAGACAUACUUGUUAACAAAUUAAUACAACUAACUGAAGGUAUUUCAGUCCAGUCCAUCACACUGCCAGUGUUGCGCUUGGUUAGAGUUAAUCUGGUUCACCAGACAAAUUAAUUAAGACCAUAGCACAACCUUUAUGAUUUUCACAGCCACUAAAUCCUCCUGAAUUUCAGAGUGAAUUGUACAUUUUGAGGUUUGGGUUGUGGCUCUCCUCAGGAAAAGCACAAGUUGGACAUCAAGAUCAAAGAUUUUGUGAUGCAGAGGUUGAUGCCCUAGGAUUUUAUCCGUCUUUUCUUAACAUUUUGAGAUUGCCAGAAAUCAAAUGCACAUAUUCUAGAUUUUUCGUGGGCCUCCAAUAACAUUAAUAUUAAAAUCAAGCAUAACCUUCAAUAGUUAGAAAAACAAUGUGCAUUUAAAAUGUUUGUUCAAAGCUUAUUUUUGGAGCUAAAGCAUAUAAAUAGUUAUUCAGUGGUGUAGAGAUCUUAAUUAGUAACUUAUGUACAAACAGUGGUGGUAACAUAUAUUUGCUGCAGCACAUUUUGUUAGGUUGGAUAAGCUUAGUUCAACCCUUUAAGCAGGCCAUGUCAUAUAUUCAGUAUUGUACCAUUGAGAAUUUCAUUUGUACUAUAUUAGUAAUAAGUCAUUUUACUUUUAGCACUGCUCAGUGAAAGGUUUUGCUAAUUAAUUUACAUCUGUGACUGUUUGGGUGAAUGUAUUUCUAAAACACUACAUCUUGUACUCAAGAAGUUUUGAGUGCAACUUUUUUGACUUCAUACACUAUUUCGAUGUUGAAACUGUUUGUACUUGAGUUUCAUUUUAUUUUAUUUUUCACAGUAGAGUGCUAUGUUAUGGAAAACACCGAAAGUGUUUUCGGCUGUCUAAUAAUUUUACCUUGGUAUUGCUACAGUGUGUGUCUUUACUGGGAAUAGACCACAUCUUUAAUGAGAGAAUGUAACUUGUUGCAUUUUAUUAUAAUUCUCCAAACAGGCAAUAUAACACAAUGAAAUAAAACAAAUAACUUCUCUGAAAAACUGUAACAGAAUAAGCCUCAAAAUAUAGUGCCUGCUUUUUAGUAAACAUAACUUAUACAUUAAAAAAUAAAUAAAAUACUACUCAAAAAUGUACAAAAUGCAGCAAACAAAUAUCAAAUAUUGUGCAGUCCAACCCACCCCCACCCCCAAACACACUAUACCAGCUGCUGACAAUCAGUCAUUACAGGGAAAUGAUUAGUGCUGAGCACCAGAAGCUACAUUGAAACCCUCUGUUCUCUAGAAUCCAGUAAGUGGUUAAUGAGCAACAGACAGCUCAGGGGCAUAGCUCAGUUCAUUUUGGCUCAGCAAUAAGAGCCAUUCAAGGCUUUCAGAUGGCUCAUUUGGGUGGAGGAAUAUGUGAAGUUAAACAUGAAUUUAAUCAGCUACUGAUAAGGUAUAAUACAGAGUCUCCAGAACAAUCUCUGUUUGGAAUAAAUAAAAUACUAGUACAAUUUCCUCCUCCUGUAAAAACAUUAUUACUCCUGCCCUGUAACAGCAGCUCACGACUCCCAAACCAAAUAAAACUGUUUUGUUGCUUUGCUCUGUUGUUCUGUUGCACAACAGAAGUUUUAUAACACAAGAGCAUAAACACAUUCAGAGCUGAAUGCUCUCUCCUUCCCAUACACAAAUGCUCAUACACAUCCCCAAACACACUAAACAAGACAUUACCACUCACUAACAACCAUUCCAUACAAAGUCUGUUCAAAGCUCCCUCUUUUUAAUAGCACUGACCAGUAGUUGUUAAUAGUACAUAAAUCUGUAUGUGGAACAUGGAUUAAUCACAGCAGUAGGGUGUUUUUUGCUGAGCUGAAAUAGCAAACUUUGCAAGACAUUAUUAAGUGACUGUUGAUCACUGCCUGUCUGUAGUUGCACUGUCAUCAGUAGUAUGCUUGCUACUGUAAGCGGGUUCAGUGGUGUUCGACUCCAGGGUCCAUUUCUUCUUCACUGCUAAGUUAGAAUCCAUCAUCAUGGUGCCUAAUUAAUGUAGG